GAGUGGCUGGCGGCAGUGGCGGCUCUCGGAGCUGGGUUGUCAGUCAGGGAGCGGAGGGGGAAGAUGGCUCGUCUGGACCCGUUUUGCUAGGAAGAAGGGGGGCAGGUGCUGCUGCUACCCGGGAAAAGGCAGAGCAGACGCCGUCGCUGUCUCUGCGAGCCAGACAAGUCGAAGUUCUGGAGGUGGAGCUCAGGGAGCCACUCUGGUUGAAGGUUCAGAACAGAUGUGGAAAGAUGUUCACUUCAGAGAAAGGAGUUGUGGAGGAAUGGUUAUCAGAGUUUAAGACACUACCAGAAACAUCUUUACAAAAUUAUGCAACAAAUUUGAAAGAUAAGAGUUCUUUAGUUUCAUCUCUUUAUAAAGUUAUCCAGGAGCCACAAAGUGAGUUGCUAGAACCUGUUUGUCACCAGCUCUUUGAAUUCUAUCGCAGUGGAGAGGAGCAGUUACUUCGGUUUACACUGCAGUUUCUUCCAGAACUGAUUUGGUGCUACCUUUCAGUCUCGGCCAGCAGAAAUGUGCAUAGCAGUGGAUGCAUUGAAGCUCUUCUUCUUGGGGUUUAUAAUUUGGAAAUAGUUGACAAACAGGGACAUAGCAAAGUAUUGAGUUUUACGAUUCCAUCUUUAUCUAAACCAUCUGUAUAUCAUGAACCUUCCAGCAUUGGUUCCAUGGCUCUGACUGAGAGUGCACUUUCCCAGCAUGGCUUGUCAAAGGUGGUGUACAGUGGCCCUCACCCCCAAAGGGAGAUGCUCACAGCGCAGAAUAGGUUUGAAGUAUUGACAUUCCUUUUGUUGUGUUACAAUGCUGCCUUAACCUAUAUGCCCAGUGUGUCUCUUCAAUCAUUGUGUCAAAUUUGUUCAAGAAUCUGUGUUUGCGGAUAUCCCCGACAACAUGUAAGAAAAUACAAAGGUAUAAGUAGCAGGAUACCAGUUUCUUCAGGAUUCAUGGUACAGAUGUUAACAGGGAUUUAUUUUGCCUUUUAUAAUGGAGAAUGGGAUCUAGCUCAAAAAGCAUUGGAUGAUAUUAUAUACAGAGCCCAGUUAGAAUUAUAUCCAGAGCCAUUACUGGUUGCUAAUGCAAUAAAGGCUUCACUGCCUCAUGGCGCCAUGAAAUCUAGUAAGGAAGGUACAAGGUGUAUUCAAGUUGAAGUCACACCAACUGCCUCUAGAAUAUCAAGAAAUGCAGUAACUAGCAUGUCAAUAAGAGGUCAUAGGUGGAAGAGACAUGGAACUACAGAAUUAACAGGUCAAGAAGAACUGAUGGACAUAUCCGAAGUUGACGAGGGAUUUUAUUCCAGGGCUGCAUCUAGUACCAGCCAGUCAGGUUUAUCAAACCAUGGUCACAAUUCUAGUAACAAGACAAGUAUAGGAAAGACUCAGAGAAGGUCGGGAGGAAGCAAAACUGGAGGAAAAGAAAAAGAAACUACAGGGGAGUCUUGCAAGGAUCACUUUGCUCGAAAACAAACGCAGAGAGCCCAAAGUGAGAAUCUUGAGCUGCUCUCUCUGAAGAGACUGACGUUAACAACCAGCCAGUCCCUGCCUAAACCUACCAGCCAUGGUUUGGCUAAGACUGCUGCGACUGUAUUUAGUAAGUCCUUUGAACAAGUCAGCGGGGUCACAGUCCCACAUAACCCAUCAUCUGUUGUUGGCUGUGGGGCUGGGACAGAUGCCAACAGGUUUUCUGCUUGUAGUCUCCAAGAAGAAAAGCUUAUUUACGUUUCUGAAAGGACAGAACUUCCGAUGAAGCCUCAGUCAGGUCAGCAGAGACCUCCUAGUAUUAGCAUUACUUUGUCCACGGAUUAAUUUGUAAGAGUUUUCUUAUGUGACGAGCAAAUCUGGAAAUACGCCUUUGCUUCUUUAUGAAAGUGCCCAGGGUCUUUCAUCCCUGUUCCUGACAGAGCCUUGAUGUCUUAAACUCUGAAGGCUAUUUUGACUUUAUGAAGGGAAUAAUGUCUAGGUUGCAGUGAGUUGAAAUAUGGUGUUGCUAUAUAUCAGUUGUCUUUUUUUUUCUUUUUUUUCCCUUUGUUUCUGUUGCCCUAAGAUUGUCAGUGUAACGAUACAUUUUGACAGGUUGUUUGAUUCCAUUGAUAACAUCUCAUGUGAGGUCUUGAAUUGUUUUUCCCUCCUAAUAACUUCUGUCCUAGUAAAUGUAAGUUUGGCCUUCAGAAUAAAAGGAAAUAUCCAUGAACUGUUUUUUAAAGGAUGAGGCAGAGGUGCAACUCCUGCUUGACUUGAGAAACUCCAGUUAGUUUGGAUUGCUGUAAUUCAGAGCACACAUCGUGGAAGACUUCCUGGAAAUUGUGCAUCUUGCGACACAGCUCUCAAGAUGGCAAUGUCAGCCAUCUUGUUUGUCUACAAAUGAAGGAAAAUAGGUAAAUUUUUUAAAUCUAUAAAAUGUCAUAAAAGAUAAAGAUAGUGAAAUACGGACAAAACAUUUACAUAUUAACUAGUUUAGGAUUAUUUAUGUUUGUGUUCUUAAAUUCAAAAUUAUAAAAUAUGAAAAAAAUGUGUUUUUCAUUUUGUGAACAAGCCUGUUUUAAAUGUUUUGGUUAUGGUAGAAAGAAUAAUUAAUGUCAUUACCCCCAACAACAACAACAACAACAACAACAAAAUAAAGGCAAUACAGUAGGAGCUAAGCAAACUUGUACGUAGGUCCAGGGAACUAUGUGACCUCUGCCUGGAUACGCAUUUGAUGUUUGCCAGUGGGGGUCAUGUUAGCUAUGGCGGAGGUUCCUGUACAUCAAGAAUAUUUAAGUAAGACUUCAGAGGAAGAGAGAGAAACAAGGCUGAGGACGAGAGUAGGCUGACUGGGAAGGAAGGCUUAGGGAACUGUCCACUUGGUCUGUUUCACUGUUAGUACAGAGUGGUUUUCUUGUUCAUGGUCACUAGCUGUGGUCACACAGAGAAAAUGCUACUUUUCUUCUUUUACCUGCUUAUGCUGGGCUCAAAUAUGUGAAAAAGUGUGUGUGUUGAGUGCUAACACAUUUACAACAUAAAUUCACUUCUGACCAUAACUGUUACAGCUACCAUUUUUAAAUCUAAUUAUCCAAAAGGCAUGAACUCAUUUUCAUUCAUUAACCCUGAAUAGAAUAUGGGUUUUAACAUAAGUAAAUUUGAUUGUUAUAAUCCAGUAAUAGAAAUGAAAUAAGAUCUACUGGCAUAAAUUGUAGUAAAAAAAAAGUAAGGCAACCAGACAGUGAAAGUUUAUAUUGCAUUAAUUUAAUAGGAAUCCUGUGUACAGUUUAAAAUGUUUGUAAAAUGUCACCAUGAAUUUCUUGUUAUCUUUUUGUAAUUUUUUAACAAAGAAUUUCCCCUAAGCUUAGCUACUAAUAGUAUUAAAAAUCUUAAGAACUAAGUUAAAAGACUGGCAUUUUAAGCAAGUUAAGGUACUUAGGAAAUAUUGUAGAAUAAGUUUGUGGAGACAUUAGCUGACACAAAUGAGUGACAUUUUAAUGUUCAACUGCUUUAAUGGAAGCUCAUUUUGGUAUCAUUCUAGAUCAUUGCCACUUAUGUGGCCUGAGGACCACUAAGUAGCACUGAGAUCACCUGGUAUUUUGUUAAAAAUGCAGAAUUUCAGAGUUAUCUCAGAUUUAUUGAAUCAUAGUCUGCAUUUUGGCAAGAUCCUCAAGUGAUUUUUAUGUACGAUAAAGUUUGAGAGGAGAGUAUCAAAGUGCAAACAAAUCACUUACAUUUAGAAUUCUCAGUGGUCUCACAACCCUAGAAGGAAAAUGAAUUUUUAAAUGUCAAUGACAUGACUUAUAAGUCCUCUAAUUAUAAAUUUUUAGCGAGUCUUAUUUAUUUUACAAUAAAAAUGUAACAUUUUAUAUUUUUCUUGUUAACCAUAAAUGAAAUCAGAGCUGUAGAUGUCUAUAAUUUUAACUAUGAAAAGAAUACCAUGCUUUUAUAGUACAUAAACAAUGUACUCUGAGACAAUUUUAAACAGUGCACAACAAAUCUGCACAUGCAUAUUCCUUUAAAAUUUCUGAAGGCUUACUCAUUGGAGUGGUUCUGAAUAUUUGCUCCAAGUAAUUUCUACCAGUUAAUUUUCUGGAGUAUGAAGUUAUAGUAUCAUUCUUUAUUAGUACCUUUGAUACUAUUUCAAAUAAGGACUAUACAUUUGAAAAUUUUUACAGCUAUUAUAAAUAUUGGAUAAUGCUAACUAUGGUAGCAAUUGUAAUUAUCCCUACUAUUCUCUUUCUACUCAUCUUUGCAAAUUUGAAAGUUGAGGUGGGUUUUGUAGGUAAUUUGCUCAUAAAGAUGCUGAUGUGACCAUUUGGUCACAGACUUCCUACAUAUCUAGAAUAAUACUUUUUUUAUCAUGAGAAGCAUUCCGCACAAGAUUCGGGCCUUGCACCCCAUCACUCACAGGAUCUGAGCAAAAAUUGUAGCUCCAUUCCACAUUUUAAACCUCUCACUCUUCAAAUACCCCAGAACUUGUGGUAUUCUAGUGGGGCCCCAGCAUUUGCCUUUUAGAAUCCAAAUGGAGAGAAAAGCAAAGAGGACUUUUCAAGGGAAACAAAGUAGACUUUUCCCAGAGGACCCAGGGCAAGUGAGUGUCCUAGAAUCCUUUGUGUAACACCAGUGAACUUUUUAAGGACCCUCUGCAGACUUGUAGAGUAGAAAUUCUCAGUCAUUAACUGACGACAAAGUUCAGUUUGAAAAAGCAAUAUUUUAUUGCCCUAUUCUAUCAUGAUGUAACUGCUUAGCAAGCAUUACUCAUUUAAAAACAAAAAGUUGAAUUAAAGGGAAAUUUAUUUUUUAAACCAAAAUAGAUAAAGAUGAUCCCAGUUUUAAGGGAUUUCUGCUUAUUUUGGAAGAAUAAAAUUAAAGUGUUACGCCCUUUAAAUUUAAAUUAUAGAGAACAAUGUACUCUGAGAUAAUUUUAAACAAAUAUUUUAAAUAUGCUGUUAACAUUUGAGUCCAUAGGCACAAUAAAUCUAUACUUUAUUAAAGGGGAGCAUGUCAAGGGAAUACAUAUGUUAAAUAAUGUAAGUGAAAAAAUAUUUUUAAAAAGCCAUUUAAAAAAUAAGGGAUAAUUUGAUGGUUACUUAAACUAAUCAUUAUAGAUAGAAAUUAAUGUAUAAUAGUGUUUUCCCAGUCUUUGGAUGAAAAAUAAAAACUCUAGUCAUUUAAUUAGCAUGAAUUUAAUCUUUUAGAUUUGUUGCUUAGUAAAAUUAUACCCAAUACUUUGAGUUAUUCACAUUUAUGUUUAAUAUUGUUAGAUUCUUCAUCAGAGAACAUAAAUAUAUUGUCUUCUAUACUUUGUAACUUGUGCAUAUCUAAAGAGACCAGCAGUGAACAUUUUGGAAGAUGUUUUUGUGGUUUUUUACUAGUGGCAUUCUAGUACCUACCUGUGUCUUGCUAUGAAGUUUCUACAAGUAAACUCAAGAUCCUAUUUCACAUACUGUUGCUUUCUCUUAGGUGGAGUUUAUUGUGUACUGCUUAUCUUCACUUCUAAUCAUGUAGUGAUACUAAUCUUUUCAUAAUAAAUAUACCUGUUUUUAAUUGUAUUCCUAGAGUUUACAUUCCUAAAGAAUAAACUAUGACUUUGGAUAUUUUUAUGUGCUCUUGACAUUUUUAAGUCUAUGGAAAUAAACUGGAGUUUAGUUUUUUGAAGUUUUGUGUAUUUGU